AUGCUCGGAAAAUUGACAAAACUCGAGAUCCUUAGCAUGAGAGAAUCAAACUUGGAGGCACUCCCAAAAGAAAUAGGAGAUUUGACCAAUCUGAGGAUGCUGGAUUUGACAGGCGGACAAAUUGUCACAAUUCCAUCAAAAUUGUUUCGGAAAAUGCAUAAACUAGAAGAAUUGUACAUGGAAUGUGGGUUUUGGGACUGGGGGAGUGAAAUUGAGGGAGGAGAAGGAGAAACUAAUGCUGGCUUUGAUGAGUUGACUAGCUUGCCAUGUUUAAGAGUUUUGAAGGUUUGGAUCUCCCAUUCAAAUUGUAUCCCAAAAACUGUUGAGCUCAACCCGAAUUGGAUUCAGUUUGAUAUUUGUAUUGGAAGAGACGACGAAAUUGUGGUCUCUCAAUAUUGUUAUAAUUCAGUAUGCUUGACUCUUGACACAUCCCUCAGCACAUUACCGGAUUGGUUCGUCUUCGUGGUGAUAAACAGGGCAGAGAAGCUAGAGUGGAUAGAGUGCAAGGGGUUGAUUGAUUAUUUUGUUCAAUAUGAGCAUGAGAGCAGGUUAGAUAGACUGAAGUAUCUCUCUGUCACUGGUUGUGAUGAGAACUCAAAAGAGUGGAAGAACUCAACAACGUGGUUUCCAAGAAAACCUGUGUUUGAGAACUUGGAAGACUUGCAUCUCAGUCGAGUAGAUUUCAUGAAAGAGUUGUGUCUUGGUGAUUUACCACAGGGCUCUCUAUUUGGUCUGAAGUUACUUGAGGUUGACUCUUGUUGUAACUGGGGGAACAUACUUUUGCCAUCAAAAUUGUUGCAGAGAGUGCCAAAUCUGGAAACACUAAUUUGUAAUGAUGUUGAUGGAAUGGAAUAUGUAUUUGGAUGUGAAGGAUUCAAGCCAGAAAAAUCAAAACUGAGAGACUUGUCAUUUGUGGGUUUAGAUGCAGUGCGAAGCAUAUGUAAUGGUCCUGCUCCACAUGCAAUGUUCCAAACACUUAAAAUUUUGUCCAUUGAACGAUGCAGCUUUGUGGGAAGCCUUUUCUCCUAUGAGGUAGCUCAGUAUCUUUAUCAAUUGGAAGACCUGAAAGUUGCCUUUUGCCCUUCUUUGGAAAGAGUAAUCGAAGCAAACAAGGAAACGAUGAACCAGAAGAGGACUGUUUUUCCAAAAUUGAAGAACUUAGCCUUGAUGAGACUUCCUAAGCUGUACAGUGGAGGUGCUACUAUUGACUUUGAGUGUCCUUUACUGGAAUGCUUGUAUUUGAAGGACUGCUCCCAGUUUUCAUCUUCAACCUCGGCUUCUGACUUCCACAGUAGGAAAAAUGUCCAGUUCAAUGAUGAGCAGCACUACCUGUCUCUAUGGGAGAGGUAUGCCUUUAUCACACGUUACUUCAGUUAAACUCGAAUCAAUUUUUGCUCCUAAGAAAGGGGACCUCCUCUUUCUGCAAAACCACACCCCUCCUCUUUUUUUGUAGUUAAUUUAGAAUUCUCCCUCCUCACUGUGAUGUUAUCAUUGUUAAGA